UAACGUGACGUUUGUUUGUAAUUGGCGAAGUACCGUUCGCUCACCCACUUGUGUCGUGGAUGAGAAAAGUUUACUGCAUGAAAUUAGUUCUGCCUGAAUAAAACGUAACUCAGUAAUAUAAAAAACUAAAAUGUCCGUCAGCGCUCCUCUUAUUGUAAGGUUAUUAGCUUCUUCGGUGUCAGUUGCUGGACGAGCUGGAAAAAUAGUGAGAGAUGUGAUGAGCAAAGGAGAGUUGGGGAUUGUUGAGAAGGGAAAGGAUGACUAUCAGACAGAAGCAGAUAGGUCUGCAGAGAAAUGUAUUGUUGCAUCUCUUUCGAAACAGUAUCCAAAAGCCAGCAUUAUUGGAGAGGAAGAUAGCUCAGUGGAAGAGGGUGAGGUGUCACCAGACUGGAUAGUGGUUGAUGCAGACAAAGAGGUAUUGGGUCUGGAAUGCCCUGCUAGCCUCAAAGGGGUGAAGGAGGAGGACAUAGUUGUGUGGGUUGAUCCUCUUGAUGGAACUUCUGAGUAUACUCAAGGUGCCCUAAUGUUGAAGAGAGAUCCUUGGGAAAGAUGGAAAAUGUAUUUGAGCCACCCUUUUAUCAGUAUGAAGUGGUACUUAAGUCUACUUCAUUCAAAUUUUGGAUUCUUGGAACAUGUGACAGUUCUUAUUGGAAUCUCUGUCAAUGAGAAACCAGUAGCUGGAGUGAUUCACCAGCCAUUUUUCAAAAAUCAAACUGGAGGGGAGGUUAAAAUGGGCAGAACUAUCUGGGGGCUGUCGGAGAUAGGUGUCGGAGGGUUCACGCCUGCCCCGCCGCCGGGGUCCUUGAUCAUCACCACAACUAGAAGCCAUUCUAAUCCUGUGGUUGAAAAGGCAUUACAGGUCAUGAAUGCUGCUCAGAUUCUAAGGGUUGGAGGCGCAGGAUACAAGGUGUUACAAUUGUUGGAAGGCAAAGCAUCGGUAUACGUAUUCGCCAGCCCAGGAUGCAAGAAGUGGGACACAUGCGCCCCUGAAGCAGUAUUGUCAGCGGCCGGGGGCAAGCUCACGGAUAUCCUUGGGAACUUCUACAAAUACGGGGCCUCGGCCCCCAAGCCGAACAAGACCGGGGUCUUAGCUGCCGUCAACGAUGAACUGCACAGCUACGCCCUGAACAGGAUACCGCAGGAACUAAAAGAUACUCUAGCCAACAAAUAGCUACGAUUUGUCACAAGUUAAAACUCGUUAGGCCCAACCUCUUGACACGAUACUCUGAUUGCCCUUAUAUUCAAUUAUUACUUCAUGUUGAUAAUUAGCCCCCCUCCUUUCGCAAAACUCAUUGACUAAACAAGGUGAUGGUUCUUAUCGGUUAAAACUGAAGUACUUAAUAUUUUUGAUAAUUACUAAGAACAGUGGAUUAAGUAAAAAAUUAUUCGUUUGGGAGCCAUAAACUUCUCACAAGUAGACGCACGGACAUCCCAAUUGCCAAAUUUAUAAUAUCCUCCUUGGCUUGCUUGGGAUUGGGGAUAUUAAGGCUUUACCUUACGAGGUUAAAAAACGGAGUGAGGGGUAAGAAAUAUUCGUAAGACGUACUUUAUGGUUUCCCCAAGAUAAUUAGGUACGUAAUAUAUUAUGAUAAUGUGAUAAUAAAAAAAACCUAAUAAAUGUCUGGUAACAGUA